GACGGAGGAGACGACCGGGACAGAGGAUUAGAGAGUGAACCAGUCGCCCUCCUGCCUUUCGUUUCUCCAUCGUUCUAACAGCGCUCCAGACAUUAACUCCGACGUGUGCAUAGACAUGUCUCGCCCGUAGAAACGUUGAAACCUCGUGGAUCUUCCUCCUCGAGCAAGUGCACCGUGUCUACUCUACGCGUCCUGGGAUAACAAAGUGUCUCACAGCAAAGUUUCCUCGUGACGAGGGGGAUUGGCUGUUUGAGGUUCGCGGGCAAACAAUAACUCGACAGUUCCAAGUGCGUGGCGACGUUCGUUUGGGUUGGACUGUUUUUAACACACAGGAGGAAUUCCGUCUUCUAUAACUAAAAUCUAUCGCAGUGAUUCGCGAAAGUUUUCGGAUAUUUAGCAUAAAAGAUUUUCAUGAAUAUACAGCGUGUCAUAUACUGUACGUAUAUUUUAAAAGUGUUCAGUUCAGUUAAAGUAGUUCACUUUUGCGUUGGAAUUGAUGAACGCAAAUAAAGAUCAAAGGGGAAUUUCGAGGAACGGAGAAAUACAUCGAAGCGGUCAUUUAAAUAAUUUUGUGAAACGUUAGCGAUAAAUCGUAUUUCCGAGCCGCUAAAUCAAAGUGUCGCGCCUUUCAACUAAGAGGGCCAAAAUUGUUCUCCGGUAUCAGAGGGUUGGUUCGAUUCUGUCAGAGCUUUAAUCGCAUUUGCUCGGUCGCUGGUGAACGAACGCGCCACGUGUAGCGUUUCUUUGGAUUUUGCGUGUCUUCUUUCAAAAAUACGUUGUUGUUAACGGACCACGGAUGUCCAUGCAAAUUCUGACUUUUAUGAAAAAUAACGAAUACUCCGUCUGAUAAUUUCUCUGACAAAUACCGAGUACUUUGUAUAUUUCCUAUAUUUUUACAUUUGUCUGGCUAAAAAUCAUUCCGGUGUAUAAGUCAAGGUUUUGAUAAAUUUGAAUUUAGUCAGGCAUCCUUACAAGUAUGAUCUGCCUUUAGUUUCAUAGUUAAUUAAAAUAACUUUAUUCCCAUCCAUACUACGUUCCAAUUUACGUUGCUUUUUAUAAAUUUUCAUUACGCGUUUGAAAACAUAAAACUUCUUAUAAUAUCAAACAUGGAACGCUAUGUCAUGAAAAGUAGCAACUGACUUGCAUCACAAUUACGCGCGUUCUCUACACGUUUACCUCGUCAAAUUUUCCACGUGAGCGCAUUAAGAUCCGUAGUCUGUUAAUCAGUGCAAUCGAGAUAAGAAUCGAAACUUCGAACUAGCGUUCUCGAUCGAAGAAGAUCGUCGCAUAGUUUCAAGAAACGCGUCGUUCGAACAAGACAGACUCGGAAGGUGUCGAAUGCUUUCGAAGGAAUUUCUGUGAAUGGUUGCUUCGGUACCGGAAGAGGAAGGGAAACCGUGCUGAUUGGCCGGCAGACUGUCAGCGAUUUGAAUCCCGCAACCGGAACGUCGCAUUCCUCUGCUCGCGUUUUUCUUUUUUCUCCAGUUUCCCCCUUCCUCAACGUGGUCGGUGCUAUUAUUGCUGUGCUGCCUAAAUAUAGGUGAGAGCGUACGCUUGACGCAAAUCGAAAACAGAACUUGUAAACGUACGUUCGUCUUUUUAUUUCGCCUCGGACGCGAGUCGCCGCCAGGCUUUUAUCCUCCUGCCCCAGUGUUUCGAAAACGAUCGACGCGAUGAAGGCGCCGAUACAUUGGAUACUGGUCUUGUUCUGCGCUCUCGGCUUGGCAGAGGCAUAUUAUUUUCAAAAUGAAGUCAUCGUACCAUUUCUCAAUUACAAUGGAGCAAAGAGAUCCCACUGUUCUACUACGGCGCACAAACAACCAAUCAAUAGACAAGAUACUUCACUAAGAUUGAAACAAUUAAGAUCAGAAAUGAUUAGGGUUGCUUCUAUCCAAGGACCACCUCUUAAUGGAUACAUCGUCACCUCCGAUGACGCGCAUCAGAGCGAUUCCCUGGAUCCUCGCGAUAUGAGGAGGGAAUUCAUCACUGGAUUCUACGGCAGCGCAGGAGAGGCUGUCAUCACUUCGGACAAGGCCGUGUUUUGGACAGAUGGAAGGUAUUAUAUUCAAGCAGACCAUCAACUUGAUUGCAAUUGGAUUCUCAUGAAACGCGGUAGAGCAGAAGUCCCUUCUAUAACAGAGUGGUUAAUGCACGAGUUUCGCAGUCAAAGUUCCGUGCGUAUUGGCGCCGAUCCAACGCUUGUAUCUGCCAUCGAUUGGGAAACCUGGGAAGAUGAAUUAGCGAAUUCGUCCAUAAGAUUGGUUCCUGUCCGUAACAACCUGGUGGACUUGAUCUGGCAGGUCGAUCGACCGAAUUACAAUCCGCAUCCAGCGUAUCCGUUGCCGGACAAAUAUUCAGGAAAAGCUUGGCAAGACAAGGUCCAGUUGAUUCGUAUCGACAUGGUGUUAUAUAAGGCCGACGCGUUAGUUCUUACAGCUCUCGACGAAAUAGCCUGGCUGUUUAAUAUUCGCGGAUACGAUUUGCCAAACACACCUGUCCUCAGGGCGUAUGCGGUUGUUACUCAUGGAUCGAUACAUUUGUACGCACCGCGACACAAGAUUUUAAGAUCAGUGGACGAACAUUUGAAGAUGGACCUUUGUUCCCAUGCAAAUUGCGUGAAAUGGCAUAAUUACACUUCUAUUUGGUACGACUUACGAACAAUGUCCCAAGCUUGGAAUUUAGUAUGGUUGCCGAUACGAUGUGCUUACAGUCCAGGUGCCUCCAUGGAAAUAUUUAACUCUAUCCCGCCGGAGAAACGAUUGCCAAAACCGUCACCGGUGUUAAGUUUACGAGCGCAAAAGAACGAGGUCGAGGCGGAGGGGAUGAGGAGGUCCCACCUAAGGGACGCAGUGGCGAUGUGCGAUUUCCUAGCAUACAUGGAGGAACAAUAUACACUGAAUUCGAAUGGGUGGGACGAGAUGCAAGUAGCUAGACUGGCGAACGAGUUUCGUUACGAACAGGACAAGAACAAAGGUAUCUCGUUCCCUACGAUCGCUGGAUACGGACCUCAUGCUGCUAUUCCCCAUUACGAACCUAACAAUCUAACAAAUAUCAAGAUUGGACAAGCGUCCACCCUGGUUGUGGACUCGGGAGGACAAUAUUUAGAUGGCACUACAGAUGUCACAAGAACGCUGCAUUUUGGUACGCCAACGGAAGAACAGAAAAAAGCAUACACAAGAGUGUUAAUCGGAGCAAUACAACUGUCUUCUUUGAUCUUUCCAAGCAGUUUGAAAUCUAACCAGCUGGACAUCGUUGCAAGAGCACCAUUAUGGAACGUUGGUUACGACUACUUGCAUGGGACUGGCCAUGGGAUCGGUCACUUUUUGUCUGUCCACGAAUCACCUAUUGGUGUAUCAUACGGACAGCCCGUAUCAUCGGAUAAAGUUUGUGGACCUGUUGAAUUAAGACCAGGAUUCUUUUUAUCAAACGAACCUGGUUACUACAAAGAAGGCGACUUCGGCGUUCGUUUGGAGAACAUCCUUGAAACAAUGGAAGCAGGCAAAUCAAAAACAGAAAUUUUUUUGAAAUUCAGGGACGUCACGUUAGUUCCAUAUGAACCAAAGUUGAUUGACUACGAUAUGUUAAAUCCAUCACACAUACGAUGGUUAAAUAAUUACAAUCGCCGAAUUAGGGAUGAAGUAGGUCCAGAGUUAAAGAAAAGAUUAAAAAUGGAUGCUUUCAAUUGGAUGUUGAAGAAAACUGCAACCAUUCCAGAAGUAAGACCAGUCGAUGAAGGAUUGCUUUUUGGCCAUUCUCAUUCGACACCUUCUACAUUCAAACAAUUCAAUGUAUUAGUUUACUUUACUUUCCUGUAUCACAUUCUAUUCAAUUUUUCAGAUGUAUGGAGUUAAUUAAGGUAUGUCCAAAAGGAGAAUGAAUAAACAUAGUAUGAUUUAAAAUUAAUUUAUGCCAUGAGCAAACAGUUUCGAAAACUAUGCUUAAAUUGGCGUUAUUUUAAUAUACGUAUAUUAAAGUUACUAUUUUUAUACGUUACUGCCAAUGCUAAAUAUACAGGUGUUGCAAUUAUAAUAUGAUAGUAUUAUUAUAAUAUGAUGGUAUUGCUAAAAAAUAAAAAUCAUUAGGAAUAUUAGAAAAAAUUUUUGCACAUAGAUAAUCUACUAUAUAAAUAUAUAAAAAUAUUUAUAGACUUAUAUUUUGUAAAUAUAUGUAAUUUAUUGUAUGUAUAAGGAACAGGGAUGUUAUCAUAAAUUGUAUUUUACUUACUGAUAAGCAAGCAAUUUUUUAGAAAUAAGCUCCAGUUACUUUAGAGAAUAAAGAAAGUAAAGAAAAAACGAGUUUAA